AUGAAGAGACAAAGUAGUGUUGAUGCGAUCAAUGCCAAUGAUCAAAUCAGCAGACUCCCAGACGAGGUAUUGCAUAAGAUCUUAUCAAAACUGUCCAUCCAAGAAGCUGUGAGGACAAGUGUUCUAUCAUGUCGAUGGGUGGAUUUGUGGAAGGAGAUGCCACAUCUCUUCUUGGACCUACGAAAGUUGGCCAAAUUCAGAACUCUUUUGCCCCAUGUUAUUGAUAAUGAUGCCGUUAGAUCGAUGACCAAGGUUAUAAACGAUCACCGUGGCGGCCAUUUGGAAAGAUGCACAAUCUAUUAUUACUCAUACCAAUGUAAAAACAGGAUGGUCGAGGCUUGGAUUAGAUCAUUGAUUCAUGUGAAACACAUCAAGCAUCUCACACUUAUAAACUAUCUGUGCCCUUUUAGACCUAACACAAAACCCGUCACACUCGACUUGCCUCCAAAUUCAUUUUCCCAUCCAUACCUGAAAUCACUACACUUAGGUCGGUAUCAUAUAAAAACUCCACUUUCUUUCAAUAACUGUGGGAAUCUAAUGAAUCUAGAACUCACUGGCAUUUUGGCUGAGGCUGGAGUCCUUAACGCAGUCCUCAUGUCUUGCCCUUCUCUCGAAGUGCUUGUAGUAGUUAUCAAUUGCGACAAAGGAAGAGGUCUUCUGAAAAUUGAGAACCGCAACUUAAAGUUCUUGUAUCUAUCCUGUUAUAAAAUUGAUGGCAUUGAAGUGUCUACACCAAAUUUGGACAUCCUCAGCAUUGGAUCUCUCUGGUGUGAGAGAGAGAACGUUGUCUUUGAGAAUCCUAGACUCCAGUUUCAUAGAAACUAUUGGACUACAGGAAAAAUAUAUGCUCACACCAGUUAUAGUAUAUCAUGCCCAGAUCAGGAGAAAAAGAGCAUUGGACAUGAAUUCAUGAUGAGCAGGUCCCAGGAAUUUUUGAGUGAAUUUUCAUCGAUGUCGGUAAGUGUAGACUUGGCAAAUACAAAACAAGUUGAGAUGCUGCAUGAAGUCUUAGCUGCAUGGCGUGGAGAAAUGGAAGAACUUGAGGUCUUAUUCAAGAAAUGCAAUGCUCCGAGUGCAGAAGUUGAAACUUCUAUUGGAAGAACAAAGAAGCAGUUUUGGGAAGUGAAAAAACCGUUUUCUGACGUUAACUUCACUGCAUAUACUGUAUGGCUGUCUGAUUUUAGCGGUUCAAAACAAGAGAUUGCGUUUGCCUCGUGGUUGAUAACGCAAGGGAUGGUAAUCAAGACUAUGUUAAUCAAACCAUCGUCGUCUUUUUCAAGUAAGAAGUUGGAGAUAGAGGGUGCAGUGGCCAACCUAAAGGAACUUCCAAAAGGUUACAGUGAGCUCGAUAUCAUAAUGGCCUAA